AUGCGAUGUUCGUUGGCAGUGCGCAAGGUGACGAAGGUGCCUACACGCAGUGUGGUGUUGGCUGACGCGCUUCGCUACCACCCGCGGUAUUCCGUCUCUCGAAAGAUGGUUCUCAGCAACUCUUUUAACAGCGUGGAUGAAAAGAACAGAUUUAUAUCUUUGCAACUCCUUCUGGAGAAGCUCAGCGGUCACGUUGGAAGACGACAGUACAAAAUGAUGUGUGACUUUACCCCUCACUUCGAUAAGCUGAAGGAGGAGGGAAUUGACUGGCAUGAACUAAAAUGGUUAAAUCGGACUGAACUCAUAGAUUUGUUUGAUAAUGUUCUCGCUCUCUCGCGCACGGAACGAGCCGUGCUUCUUGCUGCCAUUGAAGCGAAGACUUGUGGAGUUCUUCGUCGCUCCGACACGAGACACUCCACAUCAAUAUGUGUGAAUCGAGGCGUGGCGGAGCAUGGGUGGCGUUGUGGACUCUACGGCCACACAAGCGAUGUCUACUUUGAAGGAAAAGCAAAGGCAAAUCCUGCCGCGCUGCAACUAUACCAUCGCUCCUCCGUUCGUAGUGUCGAACGCUCAGGUGUACGGGUUGAGGUGAGGACGGCUCCUGACUUCUCUGUUGUGGGCCGUUUUGACCAUUCGCUUAGUCCGCGUGUCUGGAGCACACCCGAUAAUCCCGUUUUUCAGGUGUCUACGAUUGGGUACGAGUUCCGCGUUCAUCCAGAGGAUCCACGCGUCGUCCCACAAAUAGAGGCAGCUGCACAGGAGUGGGAACUUCAUGCGGCAGUCACGCAACAAGUAUUGUGGGAAAUGUUGGAGAUGUACGCUGUUGAGCGCAAUCCACAGCCGUUGGAACUAAAGCUCGGUGAGAUGGGUGCACCCGAUUGCCCCAGUGCGUACUCUAGCGCGUUCACUGUGCGAGAUGAGUCGACUGAUGAAGUAGCUGAUAAACAGGCUGCGAGAACGGAGCAACGCAUGUUGUCAGCAGAUGGUCGUGAGAUGCCCUGGUUUAGGGAGCCUUUGCCGCAACAGUUCGAGAAUGGAAUUCCGAUCAUUCUGCCCUAUGCCCCCUCCAUUGUUGUGAAGAGCUCCUUUCGUCAAGUGACGCGCUCAUCUCCUGCUGAUGUUGAGCGUCAGCUGCUACAGCCGGUUGUUGACAUAACUUGUUUUGUGCAUCCUCAAGCCUGUUUUUGGUGGAGUGAGGAGGAUGAGGAGCGGUGCCUCAACCACAUUGUUGAGUACGCCAAGCGUAUACCCUAUGCUCUUCCCUUCAACCUGUACCUUCGCGUAGACACCACGAAGAAUUUUCGUGGCGUCCCAGACAGGGUGGAGGAAAUGCGUAAGCGUCUUGAAGAGAAGUCGCACUACUUUAAUCCUCGACGCUUUCGCGAAGUUAUUGCAAAUCACCCCAAGAAGUAG